UGCAUGUGUAUAUAUAAGCUGUGUUCGUCGAUUAACAGAUUCACAACAUCACUUUCUUCCAUCUUAGCUUCCUUGAAUCAUUCUGACAUCUUCCGCUCCGAUUCUCGGCGAGUUUGCUACUUCGCUCCGAAGCUUUGACCUCCAACUCCCCGACCUCUGCAAUUCGGCGAACCAGUUCCGAGUCUUCCGACGACGCAAACGAGUCAGAUUUGAUGGCAACAACAACCUUUCUACUACUGCUUGGCUUCAUCGUCAUCCUCACCACUCCACUUCAGGCUCAAACUCCAGACGAUAUUGUUCCAAUAUCAUGGGUGCAAAAUGUCAUCGUCAAAGGGGCAGUUUGUUUAGACGGGACUCCGUCCGCCUAUUAUUAUGAACAAGGGCAAGGGGAUGGUGCUAAUAACUGGCUCGUAUUUUUACAAGGUGGAGGUUGGUGUGUGAAUCAAACGGACUGCUUUAAUCGUGCUACAUAUGGCAAAAGUUCUGGUUCAACCAAGAAUAUAAGUCUGACUUUUACAUUUAGAGAUUUUCUCUCCAAUAAUCCAACAAAUAAUCCAGAUUUCUACAAUUGGAACAGAGUCUAUGUUCCGUAUUGUGACGGAUCGUCAUUCACUGGCGAUGUCGAAGCACCUGAUAGUAGGUGCUCGAAUUUUUAGAGCUACUAUGGAUGAUCUCCUAUCUAGAGGCAUGAAUGGUGCCCAAAAUGCACUUCUUGUUGGUUCUUCAGCUGGGGGAUUGGGAGCAAUGAUCCAUUGCGAUAGAUUUCGAGGACUUCUCCCAUGGUUUACCAGAGUAAAAUGCCUCCCAUUUGCAGCCUACUUUGUGCAUGAGUACGUAAGCUUAAUUUUAUAAAUAUUCAACUUAAUUUAGAACAAAUUAAAUUAUUAUGAGAAUUGGAAUGAAGUAAUUAUAAGAUGUCUAAUCUUUUAUUAGGGAAAAUCUACUGGGGAGCAAAUAAUUUGAGUUGGCAUUUGAUGCGCUGAUUCAUUUACAUGUAUAGUAAUUUCGAUUUCAUUAGUUUAUAAAUGUUUUAUUAUAUGCUUUUUAAAAUUAAUUUUUCAAAUAUAAACUUUAAAGAGUCAAUAGGCAGCAUAGAUUAUUGGUUACGUCAUAUUCAUAUAUGCAGCUAGCGCAGAACAUGCAGUGG